UUCGUCUUUACUGCAGAAAAGCCGGCAAUUACGAGCUCAUUGGGAUCAAACCGUCACCUCGUUAAGCGGCGGACAUUGUCUGACGGGACUUCACUUCAAAGUCUCGGCGAGGUGUGGCCCGACGUGCAGUUAGCGGUUGCCGGGAAGGGGUUCGAUGGAGAGAAAGGUGUCAAAAGGGGGGUCGUUCACUUAUUAGCGGGGUAUAAAAAAAACGGCCAGAUCCGCAAGCUGCACCACAUCAUCUGUCUUCCUGGGCAACAGCGCAACAACCUUCUCUUGUAAUAGCUUUGCGGAAAUGGCGCACGGGUUGGAUUAUGCGUGGCACGGCAGUAACAUCGAGGCUUUCUUUCUGCAGCGCGAGCCCGCGUCUGUCCUACCUCAGCAGAAGAACGAUCACCCGGUAGACUCCAGCAACGGUUGCCGGGAUACCCCGCGAGGCGUCGGCACCCGGGCGCCACGGCGACGGAAGCGCACCACCUUCAGCAAGGCCCAGCUGCGUGACCUGGAGGAGACCUUCGCCCUCACGCACUACCCCCACCUCAAGCUCAAGGAGUCCCUGGCCUCCCUCACCGGCCUCCCCGAGUCCAAAAUCCAGGUCUGGUUCCAAAACCGCCGUGCCCGCCAUUUCAAAAGUAAGAAGCAGACCCCGGGGCCCACCCCCUCAGAUCCUGCCCCGGGACAGGGACUACAUUCCGGCUGCCCUCCGCUUCCCCAGCGCCCCUCCCCCCGCCUGCCCCAGCCCACGGGGGUCACCCCCGGCUGGAUCUCACGGGACAUGCCCCCGGACCUGUCCGCUUCCACCUCACCUGUGCCCGCUCACCUGGCCGUGCGCUCCGUUCCCGUCAGCCCGCGUCCCGGCCAGUCCCCGCAGCUCUCCGGUAAAGAGCAGAGCGCCCCCUGCUGGUCCGAGUGCGGUACGCCGCCGCAGGGACCCGCACACUGGGGCAUCUCUCCUUGGCAGAGCGGCGCUCAGGCCGUACCUGGCGGCAGCGGCGCGGUCAGUAGCGCCGAGGGGCGGGGCCACCGCGCGGUCCACCGCCACGGCGAGGCCGACCAGACCGUGCCCAGCCAGUUCCCGCAGCUGCAGUACCACCACCGGGCAGACUGGGGGAGCCAGAGAUCGCCGGCGCUGGAUGAGAUUCAGGAGCUCUGCCUGCACAGCUAUGACUUCAGUUUGACCGACCUUGAGUUCUCUGCCGCUUUGAUGGAUUAUCUCCUCUAAUACAGUAGUUUUCUAACUGCUGUAUCCACGGUUACGGUUAAGUACUGCAACUGACAACAGUCAACCACAGUGUGCUAUUUAUUAUGUGGCUUUUGCAGGGCACCUUUCAAUGUCUUUAUUUUUUUGAUCAGAUGUCUAUUAAAUACUUUGAUAAAAAGGGUUAUGUAAUUAAUUACAACCUUUUCCUUGAACGUGGGCACUUUGAGAGUGCUCUAAUUUUGUUAUGAAGUGCAUAAAUGUAAACUUUAUUUACACAGUUUUUAUCUGGGAUUGUGAAAUAUAUGUAACUAUUGUAUAAAUGCAAACAUAUAACAAUAAAUUUGU